AUGCCCAAAGCCGAAGUCGGCAGCACCAAAUACAUCGCCAACAAGUCCAAAGCCAAAGGCCUGCAGCGCCUGCGAUGGUACUGCCAGAUCUGCGGCAAGCAAUGCCGCGACGAGAACGGGUUCAAGCAGCACACUCAGUCCGAGGGGCAUGUGCGCGCCAUGUUGCUGGUCGGCGAGGAUCCGAAGAAGUUCAUCGAGGACUACAGCCGGCAGUUUGCACGCGACUUUCUGCAGUUGCUGCGGACGAGCCAUGGGGAGAAGAAGGUGCAUAUGAAUCAGUUCUAUCAGGAGUAUAUUCGCGAUAAGGAGCAUGUGCAUAUGAAUGCGACGAAGUGGAGUUCUCUGACGGACUUUGCGAAACACUUGGGGAAGGAGGGGGUGUGUAGGGUUGAGGAGGGGGAGAGAGGGUUGGAGAUCCAGUGGAUUGAUGAUAGUGCCGAAGCGAUUCGGCGGCGGGAGGAUGUCAAGAAGAAGGAAAGACUGGCAAAGGGGGAUGAGGAGUUGGAGGCGAAGAUGUUGGAGAGGCAGAUUCGGCAGGCGAGGGAGCAGGCAGAG